GUCUAGGCUCAACUGCGGUUUGUUAUCGACACGUUUGUAGUUUUUCUGCGGGAUCUGCGUGUUUUCGUGAUUUUGUUUCCGUGAAUCCGGUUCAAAUCCCCGCAGAUCCACCGAGCUCCACCGAGAGACCGCGGAGCUCCGCAGGGACACGACACGGUCUGUGUGUCCGAGGGUCCCCAUCAUGAAUAAAAACAAGAAGAGGGUGGUUCUGCCCAGCCGUCCUGACCCCCCCACUGUGGACCAGAUCCUUGAGGACAUCAACAGAACUGCACCCAGCGACCCAGUGUUCAGUGUCCUGGAGCAGAGUGGACAGGUGAACCCCCUGCCUCUGUCUGUCUCCUCAGACGUGUCCCGGUCCUCAGACUCGGACGUGGACAUGAAGUUCCUUCAGUGCCGUCGGUACCUGGAGCUGAACGAGCGGCUGCAGGAAGCUCGAGGUCGGCUGCUGCGACAGAGGGAGGAGCUAAAGGCUGCGGGGGAGCAGCUGGACAGAGAUGUGGAAAAGGUCAAAGGUCAAACCCUCUGACUCUACAGCCUGGUGGCUUAGCUGACUGUUCUCUGACCCGCGCCCUUGACCCCCGACACCGGGGGGGGGGGGGGGGGG